GCCAGACGCUCCCGCGCGGCCGCUUCUGUCCCGGGAAAAGGCGCUGCUGCAGCUGCAGCCGGCGGUGAAGGAUCGCGAUGGGGAAGACCCUCCGCGACCACCUGGUGGACGCGCUGGAGGACCUGGAGGAGGAGCAGCUGAAGAAGUUCAAGCGCAAGCUGAACGAGAUCCCCGUCCGGGCGGGCUUCGACAACAUCCCCCGGGGGCGGCUGCAGAAGGCGGAUGCCCUGGACACCUGCGACCUGCUCAUCAGCUACUACACGGACGCUUACGCCGUGCAGGUGACCGCUGAGGUGCUGGAGAGCAUCAACCUCAAAUGCCAGGCGAAGAAGCUCCUCUCGGUCACCGGGAUCGGUAACAGUGGCUCUGUUCAGACUGCUGAGCAAUCCUCCCAUGGCUUCUCAGGAAGAAAUGGGCCUCAGGAGGAGCCACACUUCAUUGACAAACACCGGGCCGAGCUGAUCCAGAGGACGUCCACAGUGGAGGGGGUUCUGGAUCUGCUGCACGGGACCAUCCUAGAUGAUGAGCAGUACGAAAGAAUCGCUUCACGGGAGACAAACCAGUUUAAAAUGCGGGAGCUGUACAAGCUGGUGCCGAGCUGGGACCGCUCUUGCAAGGACCGGCUGUAUGAGGCCUUGAAGGCCAAGAACAAGUUCCUUGUUCAAGAUCUUGAAGGGAGAUGAGGCCGCCAAGAAGAAAGAGCAACGCCAUCCCAAGGCACAGGGAAAGCAAAUCACAUGGGAAACUCAGGGGCCUGGGGGAUAUCAUCUCCCAAACAUCCACUUUGCCCCCCAUUGGGAAGAUACCCCUUUUCUACUGCAGGGCAGGUAAUGCAGACAGGGCACGUGGGAACAAUUCCGUGAUCUUAGAAACAGUUGAGUAAGAUGUCUGUUGUGCGACAAUCCAGGAAUAGCUAUCCAUCCUCUUCUAUCCAUUGACUUGUAUCCAAUAACUUUCUACAGGCAAUGAUUACUGUAAUGAAUUGAGGGACAAAUAUUCUGAGCAGGGGGACCAAUUUUUUUUUUAAUAUCUCCAGUGAAACCGACCUUUCCACUGAUGCUCAGGUAGGGCAUUAUGAAGCCCACACUGUAAGUUUUGUAAAGUGCACCUCUAGUCCUUGUUGUAGAAAAGCAAAAGAAAAAUUACAGCUGUUCAGUAAAAAGUCUCUUCUUUGCUCUGGCUAUGGCCAGAAAAUAUAGUGAUGUGAUUGACAAGCUAAGAGGCCUGUAUUGGCCUAUGACAGCAAAAGAGGUACAAUGCGGGACUUCUCUGCUCCCUUUGUUUGCCAAAUCAUAGCAGAUGCAAAUUUAGUAAAAAAACAAAUGAAAUAACAGGUCCCUCAUUGCCCAGUAACACAAAUGAGGUAUGCUGUUUAAGUACGUUGAAAAUGAGUAUUCAUAAUUUGUGUCUUGUUUGCUGCCUUGGGCAUUUCCACUUCGGUGUUGGCCUCCAUUCUGAAUAUUAUUUGAUAUUCCUACUAAACAGAAAACAAAGGGAAGGGAAGGGAGAAGGUGCAGUAAUGCAUAAUGAGAUUUUUUUCUUGAUGCAGAUGGCACAAUGAACAAUCAAACUUGAUUUUAAUAGCCCAUACGACUCUCUGGAUUGAUGUCCUUUCCUUGCUCCUGUUCUCUGCAGGUGCAUUCCCAUAGUCUUCUUUAUGUUUUAUUAUAGACUAUUUUACCAACAUUCCCCCAAAAGGUUUUUUUAAUUGGGAAAGAAGCAUCUUUUAAGUAUUUGUUAAUUACAAUUUGUUAUGUUUGUGGAAUAAUCUUCUGCAUGCCUUGUGGGUGGUUUUUAAUAAAUACAAGUUAAGCGUGUGA